AUUGGAUAUGGAGCCGAUGAGGGAGCGAUCAGGGAGUGCCGUCCUGCCUCCUUCCCCCGAAAUCGUCUUGUCUUUCCACAAUGUGGAUGUUUGGAGCGUUCCACAAAUAUCUACCUGGAAUAGAUUCCUCAAGCUCUGCCGGAAGGCAAAUGUUGGAAACGCUAAGCAUAUUCUUCAAGACGUGAGUGGGAUCGUGCAUCCGGGCGAAAUGUUAGCCAUCCUGGGAGCAAGUGGAGCCGGAAAAUCGACUUUGAUGAACGUCAUGACGUCCAGGAACUUGGGAAAACUCAAGGUCUCUGGUAGACUCAUGGUGAAUGGGAAAGCCAUCAAGAGGAGCACUUUGGCAGGCAUAUCCGCUUACAUCCAACAGGAAAACUAUUUUAUCGGCACCCUCACUGUGAGGGAACACCUACGAUUUCAGGCUAUAUUGAGGAUGGGCAAAGAAGUAAAGCAUCAGCAACGAAUGGAACGAGUUGAAGAAGUUAUUCAGGAGUUGGGAUUGAGUAAUUGUUCAGACACGAUAAUCGGCAUUCCUGGUCGGAUUAAAGGCAUCUCAGGCGGAGAAUUGAAGCGUCUCUCCAUUGCCUCCGAGGUCCUGAUGGACCCGCCAUUGCUUUUUUUUGACGAGCCGACCUCAGGCCUGGACUCGUUUCUGGCCCAACAAGUGGUGGCUCUCAUGAAGUCCCUGGCCGAGAAGGGGAAGACCGUAGUAUCCAUCAUCCAUCAACCUUCAUCCGAGGUCUUCGCCAUGUUCGAUCGGAUUCUUCUCCUGGCAGAGGGGAAAACUGCCUAUUUGGGACAGGCCAAACACGGCAUACCCUUUUUUCAACAGAUGGGAUACGAAUGCCCGUUGAACUAUAACCCGGCCGAUUUCUACGUCCACACCCUGGCCAUCAUUCCGGGAGCAGAAGAAGAAUGUCGAAAACGGGUUCUCAAGAUCUGCAGCGCGUUCAGAGACUCGGAGGAAGGGAAGGCGCUGGAAGUCGGCUUAACCGGCGACGCUGUGGUCGAUGGGGUCUCGAACGACCUCUCAGACGCGAAUGAGGCGGGGGACGAGAUGAAGUUCAAGUACAAGAUGUCCUGGUUCGGCCAGUUUCGCGCCGUUAUCGCUCGAUGCUGGAUCGCCAACCUUCGAGAACCUUUCAUAAUCAAACUUCGACUAUUCCAGUCCUUGAUGCUGGCUCUACUGAUGGGAAUCGUAUACUUGAAGCAGGAUUACAACACGGUCGAGGGAUUGAUGAACCUGAACGGGGUCGUCUUCCUCUUCCUCUUCCAUGCGAGCUGCCAGAACGCCUUGGCGGUGUUCAACGCGUUCUGCGAAGAGUUACCAGUCUUCUUGAGGGAAAACCAGAGCGGGAUGUACAGGACGGAUGCGUAUUUCAUCAGCAAGGUCGUGGCCGAGUUCCCGUUCUCCAUUUUCUUUCCUGCCGUCUUCACCGCUGUCACUUAUUUUAUGAUCGGCCUCAACGAAAAGAUCGAGCGCUUCCUCGUAUGCACACUCAUCAUGAUCAUCGUCGCAAAUGUCUCCACAGCCUUCGGUUACAUGAUCUCAUGUGUAACUCGCAGCAUCGGUCUGGCCUUGACCGUGGGUCCACCCAUUCUCGUUCCGUACAUGUUGUUUGGUGGCUUCUUCAUCAACAACAACUCAAUCCCCGUGUACUUCAUAUGGCUGAAGUACAUCUCGUGGUUCUACUACGGGAACGAGGCCCUCAUGAUCAAUCAGUGGAAAGACCUCGAGAUCGACUGCGGGGAUUCCAUCGGGUGCCCUCCUAGCGGCGAUGCCAUCCUGGAGUACUUCCAUUUCGACAAGGACAAUGAACUCCGGGACAUUUUGGUUUUGGUGGUCAUGGUGGUGGUGUACAACCUGAUCGCCUUCCUCAGCCUCCUCUUCCGGGCAUCUCGCCGGACGUGA